CUAUAUAUAAGAUAUACACCUCAUUCUAACUUGUGUUUGUGUGGCAUUGCAGCUUCCUACUUGAAAUCAUGGACCCUAUUCAACAAACAAAAGAAAAAUGGAAGGGCAAAGCCAAAACAGAAGUGGUAGGAUGCAAAGCUGAACAAGUAUGGCCACUUUUGGAGGAUUUUUUUGGCCUUGACAAAUGGUUUCCAACUCUCUCUACAUGCAUUCCAAUUGAAGGAAUAUCCGGCAAACCCGGUUGUGUCCGAUUUUGUGCCGGUUUCAAGACUCCUGUGGAUGAAGAUGGCAAACAAUCUUUGAAUUGGACAAAGCAGAAACUUCUUUCAAUUAAUCCAAUUCAAAGGGUGUUUACCUAUGCAAUUAUUGAUGGAAAUGUUGGAUUUUAUUCCUAUGUUUCAACUGUUAAGGUUUUGCCAAAAGAUGAUGGUUGUGAGAUUGAGUGGCUAUAUGAGGUUGAACCAGUUGAAGGGUGGAAAUUGGAGUAUCUUGAUUUUUUCAUUGGUAAUGGCUUGGAUGUGAUGGGUAAGAGAAUUCAAGAAGCUUUCAAGACCAUGGAAGAUGCACUUGGAGCCUAAAAUUGAAGUCACAGAUCUUGACUAAUCACUAAGAUAUGCAUUAAAGUUUAAUUUCUACCCAAGUUUGAGUACUAGCUAAAAUAAUAUUUGGGCAUUAUUUACUUACAUCUCGAUCAAAUUCUGGAUUUCUAUGACCUAUUUUCCCUCAUGUUUACUUAUAUUUUUGUGUAUCAAUUAGUUUGUCAUUACUUAUUAUUAGUAGAAAAUAUUGUCAAAAAAAAUAGUAGAAAAUUGAGGCGUGUUAAGAUUGUGUUGUUUUGGUGUGUUUUGUAUUUGUAGCAAAUUUAUUAGGUGGAUCUCAAAGUGUGUUUAUUUUCUAGCUUAUUUUGAUUAAUCCCUAUUUCUCAUGUCACUUCCUUUUCUUUCUUUGAAUCUGAAGGAGUCCAAAUUAUUUUAAGGUUAGUUGAGAUUAUUAAUAAGUAUGUAUUGGACACUUUGUUGGGUUCUCAACUGUUUAAUAUAAUGAAGAAAAUAAUGGUUUGCCCUUCAA